AUGCUUGUGGCGAAGAAAGCCAAGGAGGACGACAAUAAGAUGGACCUCGAUGACGAGGGUGCCCCACCGCGCAAGCCCGAAUGGAAGCUCGACGCCAUGAGCAUGUCCCCUGCGUUGCCCGAGGCUGCGUCGAGCGGCCCAGAGAUCCCGCUGUCCCUCAAGCUCGGCAUGCAAUUCGCCUUCUCGGUGCUCGCGCACGCCCUCAGGAAACCGAUGCGCAAGUACUCGCCAUUAGACCGCUCGACGCUCAACCCAUAUAUCACCGUACUGCUCACUUUCCUUGCGACCGCCGCCAAGGACACGCAGGCGCUGGCCGCCAUGGACCGCUUCAUCCCCUGGGAAGAUUCGCCACGUUCCUCACCGCCAUCCCGCGCCGUCUCGUACCGCGAGCAGCAGAAGGAGCGCAGCGACCGCACGGACCUGCUGCCGAGCGAGUGCAACCCCCUUCCGGAAGACUGGUGUCUCCGCGGCUUUGGUUCCCGCGGUUUUCUGGGACCAGGAGACGAACACCGAGGAGAGGAACGUCGAGGUGGGCGUCCGGACAAGAGCGAGGGCGGUGACCAGCUGGACGGUAUCUUCGAGGACGAGCGGGGCGAAUACGAGGCUGCGAACGAGCCCAGCAAGCGCUGGGCCCGCGUCGCGCGCGCUGGCCUGAAGAUCGCAAAGCAUGUGGGCGAGUUCGCGUACUAUCCGGCUGCGAAUGAGGAGCAGAAGGGCCAGUGGAAGGUCGAGGGCAUGCUUCCCGCGAGGUGGAACGAGGAUUCGUUGGAUGUCGACGAUGAAGAUGGUCUCGCGGCAGAAGAGUCCACGAUUGACAGCGAGGAUGACGAGAUUGAUACGCCCGAUAUCCAGGCCCUGAAGGCUCGUCGGCAAUAUCUACAGUGUCUCCUGGAAUUAUCUGCUCAGGGUCGCACCUCCCCACCGAUUCCUCGAUGCUGCCCUCGAGGGCCACAAUCUCGCAAGCCAGCAUGCCCUCGCAGCUCCGUCCGGGUCAUCCUUAGCUAUUCUAUCCUCGUCAUCGACACGAACAUCCUUCUUUCUUCGCUCGCAAUUAAACCUUCUCUGGUCGAGCACAUUCACAAGAAGGCAUACCGCGCGCUCAUCGAGAAGCCGCAGGCCGUGACCUCUACCGCACUCUCGUCUGCUCUUAGUUCCUCGCCGAUGGCCCUGCUCACCAACCCAGUAGUUGCGGGCUCCCAGGUCGACGUGCUAUGCCUACCGCCACCGAACGGCUGCCGGAGCUGUCGGAUGGAGCUCUGGCUGGAGAAGGCAUGCUGGAGGCAGAUUGCUUGCGAGUGGUAUGUGAAGGCGAAGAAGGCUGGUGGAAAUAAUGAGAACACGAAUGGCAAUAACAAGGGUAUUGUACAGCAAAGUCAAUUCAGACGGGAUGACAAGCUACAUACAUGA